AUGUUCUCUAUCGACGAAGCCGACGCCGAACUCAUGGGUGCGGUUCUGUGGCCUUACGCACACAAAUCAAAACUGCGCAUCACCAAGCUCGAGAUUCUCCAUCUCGAAUAUCUAGCCCACGAUGGCCUUGCGGUCCUCGACAUGUUAUGCUCGCUUGAAGACAUCCGGACGGUUUACCUUGAUGACGUCGGUCAUCUCAGCGCCUCGAACGUGCUCCGCCGCUUCAGCUCCCGGCUCACAACCGCACACAUCAACUGGGACCCGCAUUACGACGAGAUUUGCGGACCCUCAAGAUUCGACCGGGAGUCGCGCAACCCGGUUGUAGUUCUCGACCACUCCUCCUCCACGCUGCAGACGCUCACUGCGGAGUGGGCGGACCUCUCGGUGCGGGGCCGCGCCAACAUCGUCUACCCGCGCCUGAAGAGCCUUACCCUUGAGUACGUAUGGCCCAGGAUCACCGCCUACCUCGCGGAGGUGUACCCGAACCUGAAAAACCUCGACAUUUCCGUCCUUGAACACAUGCUGGACCCACCCGAGGAUGUAGAGCGGCACCGCGCGCACAACAUCAGCGAACAGAUCAGCCGCGGAUCGUGGCCGUCCCUCGAUACGGUCAGCGGGGAGCUGAUCGACAUCUUCGUGCUCGCCAUCGCGUGCCCAGUCCGCCGGCUCCACAUCCGGGACCGAGGGAAGCCGUUCGCCGUCGACGACUUCAACGCCCUUCUGGCCCGCUCACGGCCGGCGUACCUCUACUUCGACCAUUUCGAGGGCGAUUUCCUCUCCUCAGACAUGUGCGAGACGUUUCGGGCGCAAUUCGCGGACCAGGUGGAAUGCCUCGAGGUCACCUUCGCCCUGGGAAGGUCCUCAGGGUACCCAGCGUCGACGGUUCUGCGAUGGUCCCGAGAGUUCUUCGAGGCGCUCGACCUCGGGGCCCUCGCGCGCCGGUUCCGCGAGGCGGUCCCGACGCUCGAGUUCGUCGAGCUCGCGGUCGCGGGCCUGGAGAAGCGCAAGUCGGCGGUGGUGCGCGACGGGAAAUCGAGCGUGGGGUACGAGACGAGCGCCGUAGAAGCCACGCUCCGGGAAGUCGGGCAGAGGAAGAGAUGGUGA